GGGAGUCGACGUGGGUGAUAGUACACGCUGAAAUAUUUUGUUUUGUAUUCAGCGCGAAUUACUUACACAUUUCGAUAAUUCACAAUUUUUAUGCAAAUCAAUGACCCGUGAUUAUCUGACGGGACGGUGAAAGGCUUUUUCGUGUGAACUUAUUUUAAUGACUGUGAUUUAUUUGUAAUCUUGGUGAAAAUGACCGCUUCAACGAUGAUUGAAUUGGAAUCCUGGAUAAUCUACCAGUGUGUCCUGAAUGAAUGUCAUGUGUCAAGCAGCUCAAUGGAGGGUGGCGCGUGGUGCGCACGCGACAUCUCGCUGCGAGCACAGAAGAAGUUUCUGUCGCGCGUCGGCGGCGCGGCGAGCGCGCGUGCGUUGAUACUCGACGAGCAGGCGGCGAAACUCCUAGACCAGUUUCUAACGGUGUUGCGCGAGCGUGUGGAGAAGCGGGAAGCCGAGAAGUUAGUGAAGCACGUGAUCAAGGCGGCCGUGAAGCUGGGCGUGCUGCGCCGGCACGGGCAGCUGUCGCCCGCCGACGAGCGCGCGCUCGCCGCGUUCCGAUCCAAGUUCCAUACGGUUCUCAUGGCUGUAGUGUCAUUCUGUGAAGUUGAAUUCUCUUACGACCGAGGUUUUCUGCAGGACGCUUUGCGUGAAUCGCAUCAGUCGCUCAAGUCAGUAGUUGAGAGGCAUCUAUCAGACAAAUCGGUGUCACGUCUCGCUGGGGUAUUUUCAUUAGCAUCCCGGGGUGAACUCCUGGACUCUUUAUUCGCGGGUCAAGUCGACGAGGAUGUCUUGAAGUUGACCCGGAUGCUCCGCAAAGAACUAGACCGGGGCCUGCUUUAAUCCCCAGGCCGGAACAACUUUGUGCCGUCCUUCAUAUAACAGCAUCAAUCUCUUAGCAUCGGCGACUCUGGAGUCUCGAGCUUCGACUAUGGGAUCACAUGCAACAAUAUCGUUAUCUCCACAAAUGGAGAUUGGAUCUUCUAUUAUUAAGACGGAUGUUUUAGAAAGGGAUUUUUGUAAUGUCCGAUUGUCCGCCCGCAGCGUGGUGAUGUCACUGGAGUUAAAGAUAAUCAGUUUGCUAGUUUGUAUGUCAGCGUCUCGGUAGAGAUUUUUAUCUGGGAUCUUGCCAGUUAGGUGGAUAUUUCUACUGAAAACUGUAAACCACUUUAUGCCAUUCAAAGUUUAUUGAUGUUUCUUGCCUUGUCAGACUCGUGUAAGUCUUGCCAGUUUUAAUAUGAAUGGUGUGAUAUAAUGCGAUAUCAAGAAUACUUCAGUUACAUCACCGACACGAGGGCUUAAUAAGUAGGAUCUCAUUAGCGAAUCAAAUUUUGCUUCGCCCUAAGUUGGAUUCAGCGUUUGUUUUAGUGAAUGCACGUCUAAUAAAUUUCCACAAAAGGUACUCGCGCCGCACAAUUUUAAUUGGAAGCUCUCUUUUUAUUGUAAACAUCUCUAAAAUGUGCGCCCGAAUCAUGCUGAAAAUUAUUCAAAACAUAUAUUUAUAUGAUAAAUAUUGAUGCCAUACUUCUCAGAUACAGUAUUAUAUAUGCAUUUUUGGCAUAAUGUGACAGGAGCUUUGAAUACUCAAUUAUACAUAAUAUGAAUGCUUGAUUGUGAAUGCCUGAACGGAAUUGCCGCACGGGUAUUUUGUAUUUUUUAAUAUUGAUUGAAAAUAUGCCUAAUUUCGAUAAUGCCUACCUUAUAAUAAACAGAGUAGUUCUUAUAACUGCGGUAAUAAAUAUUCAUUCCCAUACUCACGAAGAAAAUCGUGGUAACCAGUUCCAAGGCUUUUGCAAUUCAGCAUAAAGCUGCUUUUUAAUACUUACCGGUAAUAACCUAUACAUAUGUAUUAAAAUUUUAAGGUGUUACAGACUAUGGUCUAAAUUCCCACAAUAUUUGUUACUGAGUAGAAUUAUAUGUUUGAUGUACGUUGUGGCUGUAAAUUUAAACGUUAGUCCAUUAUUUUCAUACAGGAAAUUGUAAUGUUUAUUAUACCUACG